AUGGCAACGCCGGCUGUGUCAUCCCACCCUAGCCCUGACCACCUCAUCACUCUCAAAGUCUUUGUUAAUGAAGACAGCCACCGUCGCUUUAAGCUUCCUUUGCGGGACCUCCGGGCGACCGUGCUUCCCCAGAAGCUCCGAGCUCUUCUCGGAGUUGCACCGGAAGCUAGCGUCAUCUUUGAACGCUACUCCGAUAGCGCCGCCGCCUACGUUCAACUGGACAGCAACAACUCUGCUGUCUACAAACAGCUUUACAGAGCUGCAAAAGCGAAAUCGAAGCUUCGUCUUAAGGCUACCAUCGUCGAUUCUACAACGGAGCCUGCCAGUUUUCACCCUGGUACGACUACCCCGGUUGAGGCACUGAACAAGCAGGUCCCUCGACACAACUACCUUGAGACAGUUCUCAGCUCGCCCAUUCCCGCUGCCCAGAGUGGUUCCCUGCCUUCUGCGAUGGAGCCUACUUCUGUGAUCGGACAGUCGCUUUUCACUUCGUCCAACAUGGUGGAUCUCUCUGCACUUGCCAACCCCGUUCAGUUCCGCAAAUUCGAGCCUGAGGAGGACAGUCUCCCGUUCCCUUCUGUUUCCCCACCUAUCUGUGAAGACGGCGACUAUGACCUUUGCCCUCGCUGCGUGACUGAUGGUGCCUCCUGCCUGGGUGAAGGUCACUGGUUGAUCAAACGUUCCGUCGUGGAAGGGGUGGUAACAAACAGCACAACUGAGACUAUUCCUCCUCGCCGCACCCUGGCCCAGCAAGGUGUCUCUAUCAAGUCACCAGCUUCUCCAGACAUUAUGGCCCCCGCUGCGGAUUCCAAGAGUGUCUUUGCUCAGAAGGAUGCUGUUCCAGCCUCACCUCCGGUCGCUGCGCUUGUUCCUGCUGCACCGGUUGAAGUUCAGACCACUAAUGUGGCCACGGCCGGUCACGAGGAGGAUAAGCCCGUGUGCAACGGCUGUUGCAAUGACACCGAUGAAAGCAACCUGGUGCGUUGCAAUGACUGCGAGGAUUAUGACCUGUGCCUGCGUUGCCUCUUGAGAAACAAGCAUGGUCAUCACCCUGGUCACACUUUCCACCUUGGCACGGAUCACAACUUCUGCCUAAAGAACUUGAUCAUGUCGCGCUGUCUUCCUGGCCGUCAGUUCAAGCACGCAGCCAUUUGUGACGGCUGUGAAAAGCACAUCCAUGGCACCCGACACAAGUGUCUUACUUGCCCCGACUGGGACUACUGCCGAGAGUGUUUCACCAAUGCUUCCCAGAACCACCCUGGCCAUCGGUUUGCUCCUCUCUACGAGGCUAUCCAGGAGCCACCUCGUGAGCACGUGGUUCACCAUGGCAUCUUCUGUGAUGGACCGCUCUGCAAGGACAAGCCUGCACAGAGCUAUAUCACGGGUGACCGCUACAAGUGUGCGAUGUGUGACGACCUUGAUUUCUGUGCAAGCUGUGAGGCCUUGCCCACCCUUUCUCACAACCGCACCCAUCCCUUGAUCAAGUUCCGCACCCCUGUUCGCUCCGUGGCUGUUAGCACUGCCUUUGAGGACACUACCAAUGGAAACGUGUGGACGAAUGACAAGUCCCUUGCUCACGCGUAUGCCUACUUCACAGCCGACACGAACACUGACCUCCAGGACACAAAGUCUCCUGUGGAACAAGCUCCUGUUGAGGUGGAUGCCACAAAGCCAGCUCCAGUCAUUGCCAGUGAAGCUCCCAGUGCCCCUACUGACGCCUCCAAAUCUGGUGCCGACGCGGAUGAAUACCAGGCCUUCUUCAUGGGUGACACCAUCGCAGAUGGUACUCAAAUGCCUCCCGGCACUUCGUUCACGCAAACUUUCACGCUCUACAACCCUGGGCCUCAUGCGUGGCCGGUUGGAUGCUAUGUACACUUCGUGGGCGGUGAUUCCAUGCUGGACGUGGACACGACUCACCCCUCCAGCAUGAGUUCGAUCGGUCUGGCCAUGGAGAGCAACAAGCUUACCGCUCCUGUGGAGCCUGGAAAAUCUGCUGCUUUCACCGUAUACCUUCGCUCUCCUCAGCGCGAUUGCAUUGCUAUCUCAUACUGGCGUCUGAAGCUUCCGAACGGCGCCCCGAUUGGCCAUAGACUCUGGUGCGAUAUCCAAGUCCGCGCCCAGCCCGUGGAGGUGGCCGAGUCUACCAAAUGUGAAGCUCCGUCGGUCAAAUCUGAGGAUGCUUGCACGGCCCCUGAGCCCCAUGAGAGCGGAAUGAUUUUCCCAAAGCUGGAGAAGGAGUCCCCUGAGUCCAGCACCCACAACUCCAUGGCUGCCGCUCAUCCUGCCCCGACUGUUUCUUCUGCCUCCGAGGGAGAUGUGUUGGAGGAUGUUGAGAGUCUAACCUUGGAUGAUGCUUACACUGACGCCGGUUUCCUCACUGAUGAGGAGUACGACGUGCUUGAUGCGAGUGACCAGGAGUUCCUGGAAGCUAAACAGUCGGUGCAGUAG